UUGGGGUGCACACAUUUUCUGUGGCCAUGGCGUUUCUUGUGUAUAUAUCGAGAGAUUGAAGAGGACGUUGAACAGAAGAGCCCGCCGUGAUGUGGCGAAGUUUCACGAGCCGACGCCCGAAAUUCGGUAUUGGAGAGUGGAGUAAUGGGGUGUCAAUUUGACGACACUAAUUUAGCGCCCACCUCCUAAUUUCUCUCACGGUGGCCGUCGCUUCCAAAAUUUUCUCUUACAACUCUGCGCUAAAUCUCGACUCUACUCUUUAAAGUUCGAUUUCGUGCUCUGAAUGAUUCUGGUAACCUGGAGAAGAUCGUGAUGGUGGGUGUUUGAGAGCUGAGGAAGUGAAGCUAUGGGUACCAAUUCCAAUUCAAACAAUGACAAUAACAGCUCAGUAGGAUGGAACAGAGCUGGGGGUUUGAUAAUGAAGACUUUGGUACUGGUCGGAGGUGCCCUUUUGCUUAAACGCCUUACUAAGUCCACGACCCGCUGGGAUCAUGCUCGCUUCGUUUCCCAGUCCCUUUCCGGCGAAAAGUUUUCGAAGGAGCAAGCAUCCAGGGAUCCUGAUAAUUACUUCAAUAUUAGAAUGACUACGUGCCCUGCAGCAGAAAUGGUUGAUGGUUCUACGGUGUUAUACUUCGAACAAGCUUUCUCCAGAACUCCUCAAAAACCCUUUCGCCAGAGAUUUUAUACGGUGAAGCCAUGUUCAAAGGAGAUGAAAUGUGAUGUGGAGCUAAGCUCAUACGCCAUACGGGAUAUGGAGGAGUACAAGAAUUUUUGUGAUCGAACAAAAGACCAACGUCCUCUUCCCGAAGAAAUUGUUGGGGACAUUGCAGAGCAUUUGACUACUUUACAUCUUAAGCGCUGUGAUCGUGGAAAACGUUGCCUGUAUGAAGGUUCAACUCCUCCCGGUGGUUUUCCAAAUUCAUGGAAUGGAGCAGCCUACUGUACUUCAGAAAUUGCUAUCCUAAAGAAUAACGAAGUACAUACCUGGGAAAGGGGUUACGACGAUGAUGGAAACCAGGUUUGGGGAACAAAAGAAGGACCUUAUGAAUUCAAGCCAGUUCCAGCCUCCAGUCUCAAAGACAUGUUUUCUCCAUUAAAUUUCUCUCAGCUAUCCAUGGAGAAAAGAAUAGAGGGUUCAUUUGUCUUGCAAUAAUAGUCUCCCACUAAUCUUUCUUAUUUAGUUCAGGAGCCAGUCGAAUUCUUGAAAGCAAGCAAAAUGGCAGUCAACUGGCCACCCUUGUAGGCAUGCUCUCCGGUGGACCAAUUACAAAGUUCAGUUCAGGGGCAACUACGCAGUAACUGUUCCCUCCUUUCUUAUCUCAGAUAUAACCCUUGAGAAGGCAACCAUAGCUUAGCCUAUCUAUUUCUGAUGUUUAAACUUCAUGUUCAGGAAGAUAGAGGAGUUGUGUAGGAAAGGUAGUGAAUAAAGGUUUGGCUUACAGGAGAAAUUUGAGGAAUAUUCUAGUCUACCACAUACAUUUUUUAGAAUAAUAGCGGCUGAAGUUUCCUAUCUUUUCACCAAUGGAGUGGUGUAAUGGUUCUUUAUGGAACAUGUAACCUACUUUAAAGUGUGUAAUGCUCGAAUUUUUUCCUUGUAUUUUAUGAAGAUGCAUUAAUUUGGUGACUU